CUCUCAUGGGGAUCGCUGCAGAGCCACAGCCAGAAGAGAAGGCUUCUUCAGAGGUUACGGCAGUGGAGAAAAGAAGAUGGACUCUCAAUGACUUCGACAUUGGAAAGCCUCUUGGAAGGGGCAAGUUUGGCCAUGUCUAUCUGGCAAGAGAAAAGAGGAGCAAUCAUAUCGUGGCACUAAAGGUGCUUUUCAAGAGCCAGCUGAAACAGUCUCAGGUUGAACAUCAGCUUCGUCGUGAAGUUGAAAUCCAAAGUCAUCUCAGACACCCUAAUAUUUUACGCCUUUAUGGAUACUUCUAUGAUCAGAAACGAGUUUAUUUGAUAUUGGAAUAUGCCGCCAAGGGUGAGCUGUACAAGGAGCUGCAGAAGUGUAAAUACUUUAGUGAAAGACGCUCUGCAACUUAUGUGGCGUCAUUAGCACGAGCCCUCAUCUAUUGUCACGGAAAGCAUGUAAUACACAGAGAUAUUAAACCAGAAAAUCUUUUGGUUGGUGCACAGGGUGAACUCAAAAUUGCAGAUUUUGGAUGGUCAGUGCACACAUUCAACCGUAGGAGGACCAUGUGUGGUACACUGGAUUAUCUCCCACCUGAGAUGGUGGAGAGUGUUGAGCAUGAUGCAAGUGUAGACAUAUGGAGCCUUGGUGUCCUCUGCUAUGAGUUCCUUUAUGGGGUUCCGCCUUUUGAAGCAAAAGAACACUCGGACACAUACAGAAGGAUUGUGCAAGUAGAUUUGAAGUUCCCUCCAAAGCCUAUAAUCUCUUCAUCUGCAAAGGAUCUCAUCAGUCAGAUGCUUGUCAAGGAUUCUUCACAAAGAAUGCCACUACACAAGCUUCUUGAGCAUCCAUGGAUUGUGCAGAAUGCAGAACCUUCUGGCGUCUAUAGGGGUUAAUUAGUCAAAUGUUGUUGAGGGUUACAUAAAAGUCAGAAGAUCAAAAUCCCUUCAGAGUAUGCAACUAUUUUUUGCAAGAAAUUUAGGUAUGCAGUGAUGAUACAUGAAUUGGAGACAUCCCAAGAAUGAUUUGUAUAAGAUAACACCCACCCACACCCCCCCGAAAGAACCUUUUAGGUCUACAUUCUUUGCAUUUGGCCCCCCACAUCUGAAAGAACCUUUUAGGUCUUAGGUCUACAUUCUUUGGAGUUCAUAUGUUUGUCCUUUCUUCCUCAGUUAUGUAGCAAUAAAAUCGUAUUA